AUGUAUACCACUUCUCACACCAACUUGAGUGAGAAGUUCAGUGAAUAUCAAAACCUGAUUAGUGGUAUGUACGGAAUUGCUGAGAAGCAUGGUAGAGUGGACUUUGUGAAGAAGUUAUUGCCCAUAGUAGAAAUGAUGGUCCCAAACUUCGAAGGACAUUCCGAUCGUGAGUUAUUGGCGGAGCUUGCUAGGGGGCUCAACAAUUACGUCAACAGGUUGGCAGACAAGAAUGUACCAGUUGAUGACUUGUAUCAAGAUUCGUCUCAAGUGGCUAGACAACCUAGUGGGCAAGCUAAAAAACGAGCGCAUGGAUAUGAGGCGAAACGAAAGCCCAAACGUUUGCCAGAUCACAGCACGAAUACAGGCAAGUUCUAA